GACGCUACCUGUGUAAGAUGACGUUAUAACGUCAUUUCCUUUCCCACUGUCUUAACGGGGAGGUAUAGCAUAGCCAAGUUUUCAAUCCUAGUUUUCAUUCAGUGGCUAUUUAGUUUUUUAUUUGGUGUGCAGAUAAUAUUCCUCUGUAUGAGCACUAGUGGUUGGGGUUGAUUCAAUGAGGUGGUCGUCACACCAAAUUUAAUGUAACAGACAGUCGAAGGGGAGAUUGCCCACUGUGGACAUUAAGCUAACAGGCUAACGCGCGGCCAAAGAAACAGUUUGCGAAUCUUUGAUCAAAUCCUAAAACCCAGUGAAACAGAGCUCCCCGUGGAUCUGCGUGAACGGUGUACGUUGCUCACCAUCACAUGCUCUCGGCGUGGAUGGGAUUUAGUUUGCCGGUGGAGCGAAGAGACAGUCAACCAAAGUACUGUUAAAUAUGGAGGAUGAGGAGGUAGCUGAGAGCUGGGAGGAAGCAGCAGACAGCGGGGAAAUCGAGAGAAGACUUGAAGCAAAACUGAAAAUAAAUCAAGAAGCCAAGAAAUCCAAUUUGAAAUCUGGUGGUUCACCUGUGCGAACUGCUAUUGUGAUCCAGGAUGACUCUUUGCCUGCUGCACCCCCACCUCAGAUCCGAAUUUUAAAACGUCCUUCCAAUAACGGUACAACGGGAAACUCUGCAUCCUCGUCUCGUCCUUCUCAGCAGAUGAAGUCUUUGGCCCAACGGGAAGCGGAAUAUGCAGAGGCCCGAAGAAGAAUUUUGGGUAGCGCUUCUUCUGAUGAAACGCCUCAGGACAAUCCAAGUCAGGAUAGGGCUGUUCGUAUGACUGUGCAGCAACCAUUAGAGCCAGUUCGUCCAAACAAUCAGGUGAUCCGCCAGCCCACUGGUCCAGAUGGCACCUCAGGCUUCCGACUCUGCAGAUAAACUGUGGCUGUUUGCUGCAAGGAAACAGCUGCCUCCCUGACAGGGCAUGGCGAGUGGAAAAAUUAUGGGGUUGUGUGUGAUUUGAAGAGUAGAGUGAGGGAGUGACAUAUAAUGGUUAUAAGGAAAAUGAAGACUUUAAAUGAAUUUCUCCACCCUCUCUCUACUCUAAUUGCUUGUAUGAUCUUUGCCUUUUGCCUUGUCUUUUCCCUUUGUGGAACCUCACAAGGGGCUGGCAGAGAUCACAAAUCUGAAACCCCUUCUGUUCCACACUGUGAACAGGCUAUGGCUACACAGCCCCACUCACUGUGAAACUGUGACGUACCAUAAGGUGCCCUACGAUUUUAAGUCUGAUUGGCCGGCCGUGUGCCUGUGCAUCAAGGGUUCGUCUCCUCAGGGAGAAUCAAGAGAACUUGUGAAUCUGUGGAAAAUCCCCAGAUUCGUGCAAGCAGUCGAGUUGGUCUUCUCACUGACAGAGUAUGAUUCAUGGCUGGGAGUCCACCAGAAGGAUAGCCUUAGUUUGUUGGGUUCAAUGGAAAUGAAAUGUUUGACAGUGCCAAGAGUCGAAUGUAUGUUUAGCAGCUUGACUGCAAAGGGAUAGAAACUUGUGCUGAUUGAAUCUGUUCAGUAAAAGUCCACUAUGCCCAAUAAUGUGUUUUAAAAAUGUAUGUAUGGAUGGUGGCUGUGGCAGUGGCUAUGACAAGAACAUUUAACAGUCCACUAGUUUGUGUUCAGCACUGGUAGCUAUAAAGGAAAGGACCAGUUGGCAAACAGCCUGUGGCCAAAGAUCAUGAUCAGGACGGUGUCACUAAAUCCAAGCUUUCUCAAGCAAUAACUAUAAAAAAACUUCCUGGAUUUUACUUUCUUUUCCCUGUGUUUAGUCAAAAUGUUUUGUUUUAAACAGUUAUUGUUUCUUCAUGUGUUUCUUUUUUGUGACAUAAUAUAUUUAAAUCAGGCUAUCAGCAGUGUGUAAAAGACUAGGCGAUUUAGUUGCAGUAGGAAACUUUAUUGGUGGUGUCAUUAAAUUGAUUUAAAUGAAAAUCUGAGGUUUUCAUGAACAUAUGACUAUGUAUGUGCUGCCUUGCAGCUUGCAAUCAGAAUUACAAAGUUGGAGCCCGUCUCUCAGCCAGCUGUACUGACACUGAUAAUAAAUACAUUUUAAUAUGUUUGUGCGUCAACUUGAGUACACCGACUGGACCAUGUGCUGGUAAAAUGUUUUAUAAAUGAUUCACAAAUUACUGUAUCACGCCCAGCAUGCAGAAUUAUGUUUUGCUACGUUUUGGCAAACAUUCUGCUGGGUUGGGGGGGGGAAAGGCGAUAAUAAUGAUAUUAGAAUAAUUUAGAGAAAUUUAGGAAAACUCACCUUUUAAUCAGUGCGCUUUGGAAUAAAGCCAAAUUUAACUGCCUGGUUUCAAUGAAUGUUUUCCUGUGGUGUUUGUCACACAACAGGAUUUUGCAGCGUUGCUAAUAUACCACAGAUUAAAAAAAGUUUACAAGCUAUAAAUUAAUAAUAUAAUUAAAUACAGAGGAGUUACCAGUACUGAUGUUUGAUACUGCAAUAAAUGAACAUGGACUAGGUUUGAAGCUUAUGACAUUUAAUGCCUUAAAUGAGAAAUGGUCCCUUCUUGCCGACAUUCACCUGCUAGUGGGUACUCUGGCUUAUCUUUGGAGCUUUUUUGUGUGCUAAUGAUAGGUUAAUGGUGCCACUGAUGAAAUGCCACAUAACUGCACACAGCUAGUAUUCUGGAUAAUCCACAACCAUACUCUUAAUGCUUUUCUUACUGUAGUGCUGCAUGACUGUGCUUCAGCUGUAAACAGUUUAGAAGGUAUCAAAAUUAAACCAUGAUUAACACUUA